AUGUCGCAGCUUUCGACUCCGUCUGCCCUUUCCUGCGAGGUGACAGGAAGUGCCGGCUCGCAGCGGCCACUACACGGAAUGCUUAGGUCUGACAAGGUACAAAUAGGAAGAGGCUUGAAAGAACGAAAGCCCGCAUCCCAACGACCUGCGAUCAAGUCUUUGGGUGUCUUGACUGGAAAAGGAUACAGAACCUCUCUCAAGGGUCUUCUACACCAGCCGACCAAGAUGCUGAUCAUCAAGCUAAGCUUGUUCGCACUGCUAGCGGCAGCAGUGCCUUUCUCUCAAGCCUUUCCUGUUGGGCCGGGCUCGUCGGGUGACAAUCAUCCGGUCCGUCCAGGACAAGGUAUCGACCUCGAUCUGAACCUCGCUCCGCCCAUCUCGCCUCGCUUGGGCCACCUGACGGAUGCUGGGGUCGUGGAAAGCACGGGCCUAGAGUCUGCCCUGAGCAGAGGCGCUGCGUCAUCCUCUUCCGAUCUCCUCCGCCACAACACCGAUCACUUCUUGGUUCCGUUUCCUGUGGUAAGGCGGGACGUUGCAAAAGCGCUCCUUUCUUUGCGGUUUGGAAUCAGCUCCAACGAGCCUGUCGAGACCGUUCUCAACCCCGUCGAACGUCUCGCCGCCCGAAGGAUGGGCUCGGACCAUAUCCACAGCCCUCAUUCAACUUGGCUACACGCAGUUGUUGACGAGCCUCAGCACGAUCUCACGUACAAGCGGCAGCUAUACGUUGCAGCGCCCAUCGCCAACCACGACUGGAGGAGGAGCUUCGGCGUCCCACUCACUCGAGACACUUCGGACUGGCUCCCGAUCGUCUUCUACAAGGCAGGUAUCGAGCCGGACCAACGCAACUCGCUCAGACUAGCUGGAGUCGAAGUGGUCAAGAAUAUGGACGAUGCGAGAAAGGUUCUGCAGGAGUGGGGACCCUCUCAUAGUCUGCCUGACAUUGUCAAAGAGCUGGGCUUCAGCCUCCAUGACCUUGUCUCGCUCCCAUGA